AUGGUGGAGGACACGGCCUGGCCCAUCCUUCAGCCUAAAGGCCUGUCCAAAUCUAACCCAAAAUCACAGGUUCCGUUUGUGAGGAUGACCUCGAGCUGCAGCUCUGUCCCCAGACGGAGGCAGAGGAGGAGCAGGCGCCGCCCUGGCCGCGCCUCGGGCGGGGAUGCCCCGGCUCUGUCAGCGCUGGGAGAUUUCCAAAUUCUGCCCUUGGAGAUCUUCCAGAUGGUCUUGAAUUACCUCUCAGUGAAGGACAUCAGCACGCUGAGCAUGGUGUCCAAAGGCAUCAGCGGCCGCCUCAGUAAUUACAUCUGCACCUCGGCAGGGAGCCGGCGCCUGCUGCUGCAGGACUUCCACAGCCCCCAGCUGCCUGCCAGGACACACGGAACCUCCAUCCUGGAGCACUACAGGUCCCUGGGUGAGACAAAACCCACCCUGCUCCCUGCUCAUGGCACCUGGGGAACGGGGGAAUGGACAAAUGGUUGCUGUUUGCUGCUGCAGGUUCCCUGUUUCAAGCUGAGUGGUUGUGCCAGUCCUCUGCACUGCCUGGGCCUGCAGUGCUAUGGGGUGUUCCUACAGAUCCUGACGGCGGGCUGGGAUGAGCUCGAGUGCCACCGGGUGUUCAACUUCCUCUGGGAGCUCAGCAAUUUAGCCAGGAAAGUGCAGACUGUGGUCAGCAGCAAACCAGGCAGUGCCCGCAGGUUGGAGCUGCGGAUCCGCCUCUUCUGCCGGGGGGUGCUGCUGGCCGGGAGCCGCCGCGGAGACUCCGCCUUUUGGCUCACACGGAUCCUCAAGCCCUGGCCCAUGGUGAACCAGGCUCGCCUGCUCUACAUCAUCUUCGGGCCCGUGUCCUCUCGUGACGGACAUGUGGUGUGGCAGAAAAUGAUAGAAGGACCAACAGAUGAGAGCAGUCUGAAGGGUUUAGCUGAUGCAAUUAAGCUGCUGUAUGGUACAGAAGCUAGAGAAUGGACAGCAGAUGAUGUUAUCAGUCUUGUGGAUGAGCUGUCAGUGGUUCCUCAGGAGUGGCUGAUGGAGAACAACGCUCGGCUCCUCCUCCUCAGUGGCAACAGCAUCUGCUUCACCUUCCUGGCCAGCAAAGCCGUGAAUGGCAGAGCUGUGGAGCUGGCCAGGCUCAUGGUCUUCAUGGUUCUGGUGUGUGAGAAGGACCUGUACUGCAUGGACUGGGCAGUGAAGAUGAUGCACAAGGUCUGCAAGGUUUUCAGCACUCCCUGGGAGAGGAACAACUUCCUGCAGUGCCUGGAGACAGCCUUUGCUCGCAUGCUCAUGGACAUGCUGCAGGCAGUGCUGGCUGGAGAGCGGGAUGAGGAGGACAGCAGCUUCCUGAACCUCUUCCACCUGAUGAAUGCACAGGCCAACUUCCACAAGGAAAUUCUCUACAUGGCCAUGGGCAACAACAGCAGCACCCCCUGAGUUCCACCACAGCGCCCUCCUCUGCUCCUGCUGGAUUUUCUUUCUUUUCUUGGAACGUUUGCAAAGAAAUCUCCGAUUAUUUCUCAAAUUCCCAUCCCAGCAAGAGCUGGGGUGGCAGAAGCUGAGCUCAGCCGUGUCAGGCCAGCUGAGUGAGCUCAUGGAGGGCUUGGGGAGUGAAUUCCAUUCCUUGUACUCUGCUCCUCCAGGGAAAAGGGCUGGGGCCUCUCCUUUGGGAACUCCAGCUGCAUUCUUUUCCCACUGUGCAUGUUUGCACACACCAUUAGAGUGACAUGGUUUCCACAGUUGAUGUGCAGACACCAACUGAAGCUCGUGUUAUCUU